CGGGAGUUGUUUUAGCAAUGAACGAAUGAAAAAUGUAUUUGUUUCUAGUUUUUUAUACUAUUGUUUUAAGUGUUAAUUAGUGUAUUAAAGUGUUCAAAAUGGUUUUGUUACCUUCUGAGAAAGCUCGUUUAGUAUUAGGUUAUUUGAGAGAACAAGAAUGUUAUCGAGCGUACAAAGAGUUUUUAAUAAGCUCUCCACAUUUAAAAGAGCUUCGCGGAAUGAUAAGAAAAGGGGCACAACCUCACGAAUAUGAAUGGAAAAUGAGAGGCCUAUCUAAUAUUCUGGAUGAAUAUAGUUCUGUUGAGUGUUCGAUUUGUGCCUUGCAAAAUUCGGAUGUGUCAAAAUUCUUUGGAGAUGCUAAUACAAUUGCCAAAAAAGUACAAAGACUUGUUGAAAUUCUUCAAAAGCAAUCUGCUGCUUUGAGCACUUCUUCAAAAAGAGAUAUAAAAGAAUUUAAUAAUGAAUCACAUAAGCCCUCACAUUCUACAAAAAACAUAAAUAAAUUAAAAUCUGUAGAAGGCCCAAAUUUACCGAAUACUUCAUUAAUUGUUCAGGAUGGAAUACCAAUUAUAUCCAAUAUUCCUGAGUCAGUUAUGUCUGAUGAGAGCUCAGACUUAUGCAGUUUGGCAUUUUCUCCUGUAAAAAAUGAUAAAACAGUUAUUGGGAAUGAUAAUGAUAGAAAUAUUAGUAAUUUAACUAUGGGUAAUUUGGAUUCAUUUGUCAGAGGUAAUGCAUGUAGAAGAAUAAAAAUGAAGAAUGAUUCUAAAAAACAAGCUAUAAGAAAUAAUAGUAAAUCCAAAAUAGAAAAAACAGCAACAGGUUGCACCAAUGAAGGUUUUGAUAUGACGUUAAUGACAGAAACAAUUUUGGAACGUACAGAUAUUCAUGAAAAAAUUGCAGAAAACAUAAACAAACUUUAUUUAUCAUCAAUGACUAAGAAUGAAGAGAAAAACAGUAAAACUUCUGAAACACCUUCAAAAGUUGUUGAAAAUGUUAAUGAAAAAAUUAGUGAUAUGGAGAUUGUAGAUUUGGAAACACAUUUAAAUAAUGUGAUAAGAGAUAUUGUGAAUGCUACAGAAAAGGAUCACGUCUUUGAUGAACUUCUAAAUGAUUUAGUUUUAAAAGUGGCUGAAGAGGCUCCAAGUUCAACUUCUUCUGAAGAUACUAGUCCAGGUAGACCGACUACAUCGACUCCGGAACAUGCAAGUGGAAAAUCUAAAAUAGCAGUAUUGAACACAACUACAAGUCCAGUUAGAACUGCAACAGAAUCUUGUAAGUCCACCAAUAAAGAUGAUCAGGAAUCUGAGAAAAAUAACAAAAAUACAACAGAUGAUUCAAUUAAAAAUAGACUUCGAAGUAAAUUAAAAGUGGACAAUGAGGAUAUAACUAAUAACACAAAAAGUUCAAGUUCAACUAGUACAGUAAUGGAAGUCGAUAAAACACCUCUUAAAUCCUCAAAGCCAAUUGAUUUGCUAGCAAUGGCUAUAAAUGAUGCAGAUGUGAGUGGAUCUUUACGGAAAAUGAAUGUUAGCAAUAGCAAAAAUGAUAACAAAAUAGUUAUCUUAUCAAAUGAGGUAGUGCACAGAAAUUUAUCUGAUUUUAAUAUUGCUAAUACUUGUAACAGCACUGUCAUUCAAACUAAGCCUGCAAACACCUUAAAUUUUGAGAGUACAAAUUCAAUGAAUACUCAUUAUAUUUUGCCUGCUGUUAACACUAACAAUAUGUUUCUUAAUACAAAUAUGCCGCAAUAUCUUGUGACUGGCAAUACUGAAGAUGAUCAAAAUAAAGUGUAUUUAAUAAACACUCCAUUGAGUUUGCCAAUACAAAAUAAUGGAAAUAAUGAAUCAAAUGAUGUUAUGGCAGUUCCAACCUUUAUUGUUUUACCUCAGUCUGCACCAGUGACCUCUGCAGUAAAGGAUAAUUCUACAAUUGGAUAUCAGCAAGUCCUCUAAAUCAACAAAAAAGCCUAAGGCGGUAAUCUUACCCCAACUUGAGCAAUGCAAAUCACAACACAAACA